AUGUACCGACCAGCUGCUCGUGCCACAUCCAGAAGUACUGAAGUCUGCGAAUAUGUGUGCUACCAAUGUCGCCACCGCUCGACUGGCUGGAGGAGCGCGCGAGUCCUCAGCGCCACUCAGGUUCGGAGGGAGAGCACGCAGACGAUCGUGGCACAGCCUGGGGAUGUGGAUGACUGGAUGAACAACUUUAACUCGCUUACGACGAAUGAAGGAGAAUCAGCCAAGCCAACGAAACAGCACAAUGCUCCAAAGUCCCGAGUAACGAGAACAGAGAAUGGGAGGCGUCAGCAUGGAUCGACCAUUCGCAAGAGUGGUCGUCCCGCCAGGACGGUGCAGCCGUCUUCGAAGCCUCAAACCAUAAGCGAAUUGUAUGCGAGGCUUAUGUCGGGCUCCAGUGGGAACGAAACUAGCCCUGAGACGUUGCCGGAUGCAAGAGCAGGAGCUGGUCAAUCUCAGGCGCCAGGAAAUGCACAUGGGAGUAAGAGCAGGCCGGACGUGCCGCUCAAUGUAAGCAACUCGGCAUUCAGGCGGUCGGACGUGCAGGCACAAGCACAAACGCGCGGGCAGCAGAAGAGGAUAAGAAGGAAGGGGGCGCGGUUGCAGUGGGGAGGGCCUUCUCGGAUUGAGGAUGUGUCAGCAGAGCACGAGGAGGCGACUCGGGGAACUGUCGCAGAUGAGGCGGCACCAGGUGUCGCGGCUCGUCAGCGAGAGAGAUUUGAGGAGCUACUGGCGGAGCUCCGCCUGUCAGUCAACCCCGGUGAACGACCUGCCACAGUGUUAGAGGAGGCUAUUCAGGGAAAACAGAACACGCCUGUGAAAGACGUUGGUAUAUUAGGCCAGCUCACGGAUGCGAGCAAGUCGACCAAAACAGCAGCGGCCAGACGGAUUGAAAGACCGGACUUUCCAUUCCCUGCGACUGUGGCACGAAUCGAGUCGCCGGUCACCUCUGUACCUGGUGCGGUAGAUUCAUUGGGACUUGAGUAUCAAGCCCAUCUAAGUACUGCAUCGGAAAGUCGGGCGCAAAGAGACACUGUAGCAUCUGCACCUUCUGCAGCACCGCGAGAGUACUCAUUCGUCAAGCGAAUCAAUCCAUUCUCGAUAGCUGCCAAGGUUAAGGAGGCACAGAAUCGGCCGAUGUGGGGCGGCGUGCCGCAGGCAACGCCCCCAGCAAAGUCGACCAAGAUCUCCUUUGACAUUCUCGCAGCGGCCGACGCGGUCUCAGUCAAGGCGAAAGCGAAGACAGCGGGCGAGCGGACAGCUUGGGGUGGAGAGCCUGUGAGAUCCACUCAUGUCAAGGUCGAGCACACCACUGGUCGGGACGAUGCUGCGUUGGGGGACCCACUUAUGGAUCGGGAGUUCGCUCAGAAACAUGCCAUCGUUUCAAAGGAACAGUCGUCUGCGGACACUGCACACGCUUCCCCCAGAGAACAGUCUCCCAACGGCGUGCUGAGAGCUGUCAUGAAUUCCAUGGACUCGCUAAGGGAGAAGCUUGGCGUGAGAUUGUUCAUGGAUCCGGCACCGACAUCACACGUGGCUUCUUCUAUUACAGACGAAAUGACCUUGCCAAGCCAAUCUGUGACCGACGAUGCACCCGAGACAGUUGUCGCGCGUCAUGUAGACGGUACAAAGUCCGCCAAGAACACCGACUUGGUUCGCAAUCUCGCGACUAAUGGCAAGCGGAGCGACAGCUAUUACAACCGCUUAGCCAAGCAGAGGGCAAGGCGCGAUCGUACCAGGGCGGGCGCAGAUAUGGGUAACGAAGCAGCCAUAGCUGAAUCGGAUGCUGUAGAGUCCCUGGGCUUGGACGUAGACGCCGCAACUACCUACAACGAUGACUCUAGUUCGCGAUUGGCUGAACUUCACAAAGAAUCCAGCGGUCUGGAUAGACGUGAGACGCAGACUGUUGAGAAGCCCUCUGAAACAAGCGAGAGUCCUGCAGAGAGACCAGCACCAAAGAUAGGCGGGCGCAAGCAAUUAUCUGGCGCACAAGCUCGGAAAAAGGCUAGGGAGCGGCGGCUCAGUGCGUCUGCAGCGCAAAUCGAGACAUCCAGCAGUGGAAGUUCCGCAGUAUUAGCGGCUGAUAACGGUACCAGCAGCGGUGCCAGCAACGGUGCCAACGACGGUGCUGACGAACACAUCUCCAUGCAAGCGGCCAUGAGCUCGUUGCAUGACACGGUAGACAUUUCUGUAGAGCCAAGCGAAGACGUCACGAUACCAGAACCAGAGAUGUAUGAGCAAUCCGAAGACGGAUCGAACAGCAUUGGCUCGAUGUCGGCAGCAGACCUAGAGGUCAUUGCCUUGAACAUUGAGCAGCCGCCUGUACCGCCAGUGCAGUAUGGCCUUGAUCGUGUUCUGUUCAACCCAGGCGUCUACCAAUUGCAGGAUCCUCAAUCUCGAGUAUAUAAUUUUGAUCCAUAUCUGCGAGAGAUCAUGCCUAUACAGGAGUUCGACUUCAAUGCUCUGAAGGAAUACAAGACGAGUAGUCAAGACGUGAUGCUCGCGCAGCUAGCGAAUGAGCACGGGAAGAAGUACGUCGGGUCUACGUCCAGCAUGACGAGUGCUUUGGCUCACUUUCACUACUUGCUCUCGAAUUGGCGUCCAUUGAAUCUUGGCAUGCUAUCGAAAGGCUUCAAGGAGGAAGCUGAUGGGUUUACACUUAUCAAUCGUGCACCGAAUGCUAUCUUUCUAAGAUACAAGGAGUCUAGUGGCACAUAUGCUAUUGAUGCCGACAAGGAGUAUGACAGCCCGAAUGUGCUCAUGAUGCUCGGCAAGAGUAUGGAGAAGCUACUCACUGCCCCCAAGGAGGAAUAUGAGCGAUACCGCAUUGGCAAUACCAUUAACCCAAUCACUCCUGCGGAGAAAGAUGCUCCCGAAGCAUUCGAGUAUACCACCAUGGGCGACUUCCUCAUGCGUUCACAGCUCGACGCUCACGAUUCCCGACUCCCAGGUACCGGCAUGUUCGAUCUUAAGACUCGAGCCUGUCUCUCGGUCCGAAUGGAUGCCGAGAACUACAAAGAAAUGCUUGGCUACGAAAUACUCACCCUGCAAGGUCGAUACGAGAGCUACGAACGCGAAUAUUACGACAUGAUGCGCAGCACGAUGCUGAAAUACAUGCUGCAAGCCCGCAUGGGCCGCAUGGACGGUAUCUUCGUCGCAUAUCACAAUGUCGAGCGCAUCUUCGGCUUCCAGUAUUUACCCAUAUCCGAUAUCGAUCGAGCAAUUCAUGGACAAAUCGAUCCUUGCCUAGGUAAUCAGGAAUUCAGGUUCUCACUGAAGCUGAUGAACGAAGCUCUCGAGGCGGCUACGAAGCAGUUCCCGGGUAAGAGCUUGAGGGUGCAUUUCGAGUGCGUGGAAAAGCCGCAGAAGUUGAUGUGGAUCUUUGCUGAGCCGAUGGAGGAGAGUGAGAUUAAGGAGAUUCAGGGCAAGGGCAAGGAGAAGAUCGCGGCUUUUGAGGCGGAGAUCAUGGGACUGGAGAGGAAGAAGGAGGCGCCGCAGGUCGAUGUUGUUGCUGCCAAGGUGGUGGAAAGGGCCGAGGCCGAGGCCACGAAAACUACUGCGGAAGAGACUGAUGCAGCUACCACGACGGCCACAGUGCCUGCGCAGAUGAAACCACCACAGGACAAUGUCGACUACACCUCCACAACCACCCCAGCGGACCCCAAAUUCUACAGCAAGAUCACGCCACCUUCCGAAGAAAACCUCCGACCACUCUUCGCCGCGACACUUAUUGUCCAGAAUCUCGUCGACAGCCAACCAUGCGACAACAAUCGUCCUUCCAACCUCAAACGCGACCAGAAUUGGGAAGUGCAGUACAUCUUCAAAGAAGCCGAUAUUCCGCUGGCCUCGAAAUGGGCUCGAUACGAGGACUGCAAAACCAGGAGACGAUUAACUUUUGCCAAGGGCCAGGAGAAGGACGAUGAUGUCGCUGGUCAGGGCUCUGAGCCUAAGAGGGACAAGAGGGAUACUGGAUACUUCAAGAUGUUGAGGGAAAUGGUGGAGAGGGGCCGGAAGUUCAGGAAGCUGGUUAAUAAGGCUGAGUCCGGGAAGGAGAAGGUUGUUGUUGGGCAGGAAGGUGGAGUGGAGAGCAGUGGGAAGGUCGAUGUUACUGGGUAUAUGAACUGGCUGUACAGUAAGAAGUGA